CCGCUGCCCCCGUCUUGCAGGCGCAGUCGCCGCCGCCGGCCGCCAUGGGCAAGCAGAACAGCAAGCUGCGGCCGGAGGUGCUGCAGGACCUGCGCGAGAACACGGAGUUCACCGACCACGAGCUGCAGGAGUGGUACAAGGGCUUCCUCAAGGACUGCCCCACCGGCCACCUGACCGUGGACGAGUUCAAGAAGAUCUACGCCAACUUCUUCCCCUACGGCGACGCCUCCAAGUUCGCCGAGCACGUCUUCCGCACCUUCGACACCAACGGCGACGGCACCAUCGACUUUCGGGAGUUCAUCAUCGCGCUGAGCGUGACCUCGCGGGGCAAGCUGGAGCAGAAGCUCAAGUGGGCCUUCAGCAUGUACGACCUGGACGGCAACGGCUACAUCAGCCGCAGCGAGAUGCUGGAGAUCGUGCAGGCUAUCUACAAAAUGGUGUCCUCCGUAAUGAAAAUGCCCGAGGACGAGUCCACCCCAGAGAAGCGAACGGACAAGAUCUUCAGGCAGAUGGACACCAACAACGAUGGCAAGCUGUCCCUGGAAGAAUUCAUCAAAGGUGCCAAGAGCGACCCCUCCAUCGUGCAGUUGCUACAGUGCGACCCCAGCAGUGCGAGUCAGUUCUGAGGGAACGGGCCUCUGGACAGUUGCAGAGAAACACAGGCUUGUCUUACCAUCUCAGCUUUGCUUGCAGAAGUGGAAACCCCACAAUCAUUCCUGCUCCCCCGGGCCCGGGCAGUGCGUUGCACCUGCCCAGCCGGUCAAGCCUCCCUCCUCCGCCCGACAGUGCGACGCUCCUCCCCUCAUGCCUAGCCCGGUCCUGUCCGGGGCGGCUUCCAGGGAUGUGAUGCCACACAGGGUUCAAGCGUUCUUGUCACCAGGGCCCCCUGCCCCUGCCCGCAUGGAGCCCAGAGGACAACACUGAGGAUACUAGGCUGAACUUCCAAGGUCGCACUGAGGCCGGCUAAUUUAUUUUGUGAUCCCCAAGUGACUCGGUGGGAAAGGUGGGCACGAGGUGGAGGGAAAGUAGACAGGCAACCCUUCCCGUGCAUGGCUGUCCCUCCCUGGUUCAUCUUCUCUGACCAAAGCCGCUUGCACGUACACACACUGUGGUCUCCUUUCCUUUAAUAUAUAAAUUAUGCGUACGGUGAAGUGACAUGUACCAUGUAGGUCCCAUAUUUAAUGCCUCCGAUUGCCUCUGAAGCGUGGCCCCUCGUGGCCCGUGACCCCUCCGAGCCUGGUUGUGUUGUGGUAUUUUUGCACUCUCCAUCUGCCCGUCUCAAGAGGAAAUGCAUGCGUGCCCAGAGCCGUGGCCACCCUGCCAUUCAUGUAUUGAACGCAGGCGUUUGUGUCUGGUCUGUCCUCCCUGUUGAUUGGUCUGGCAUUUCCGGUAUUAAAGUGAUGAAAUAAAUGGCA